UCAUAUUUCUUCUCACCCGACAAAGUAUCCUCUCUCAGUCAUCCAAACUUAUACCGACAUAGAUUUGCUUCCAAAAAUAAAUAAUGGCGGUGGAGAGAUUUGCUGGCGGUGAUGAACUGCCCGAAGGUUGCAUAGCUAACGCGUUGUCGUUAACGAGUCCUAAGGACGCGUGUCGGCUUUCGUUGGUGGAUUCGACUUUCCGGUCGGCUGCCGAAUCUGAUGCUGUUUGGGAACGGUUCUUACCGGAGGAUUGGCAUAACAUUAUUUGUCGGUCUACUGACUGUGGAGAUUUACUUGCGGUCGGUUCAAAGAAACAGCUUUACUUAUACCUUUGUGAUCAUCCUAUCCUCAUUGCCGGUGGUACCAAGAGCUUCUCAUUGGAGAAAUGGAGUGGAAAGAAAUGUUACAUGUUGGCUGCGAGGUCGCUACAAAUUAUUUGGGGUGACACGCCUAGAUAUUGGCGAUGGAUUUCCCUUCCCGAGUCCAGGUUCUCAGAAGUUGCUGAGCUUCUUGAUGUCUGCUGGUUUGACAUGUCUGGAAAACUAAACACCAAUAUGCUCUCCCCUGACACUCGAUAUGGCGCUUACCUCGUGUUCACGACAAAAUCCAGGACCUAUGGAUUUGGAAACCAACCAGCAGAGAGUUCAGUAGGGAUUGCUGGGCAUGAAAGAGAGACGCAGACAGUUUAUUUGGACCCUCAGGGAGGACGGAGACACAGGUACCAAGUAGUCCCGAGACGCUUAGGAAUAUUCACUCACCACAUGGCUCACAUAUUGAGACAGGAAGUGGAGGAUGAACCCGAAGGGCGUCAUCCUCAGCAGAGAAGUGACGGGUGGAUGGAAAUUGAGUUAGGAGAAUUCUUUGUCAAGAGGGGACAAGAAGCUGAACUAGAGAUGAGCUUAACAGAGGUGAAGGGAGGUAACUGGAAAAGUGGCUUGAUUAUUGAAGGGAUUGAUAUCAGGCCUAAGGAGGGCAAAUGAUAUAUUUAAUCGAUUGCUGUUUCACCCUUUUCCCUCUUAAAUAAAACGAGAGCAAGAAAAGGAGGAACCUACAGACUAGAAGGCAUAAUUCUUGCGGCGACACACUCGUGGCUGAGAUCUAUAGAAGGAAAUGCCCAAUUUUCGUUUCUCUUGGGCAUUUUUCUUUUGUUUUAUGACAAUAGUGGCAUAGCUAGCUAGCGCGCACCUGCUCAAAUAGAUGUAUGUAUAGUGUCUUUCGCUUUUAAUGUUUUAUUGUAAUGCGUCCCUUGUGUUGUUUGGCCAGUAAUAAUUUGUUUCAAUCAUUUAUCUUAA